AGCAGCAGCAGCACACCAUGGCCGACCAGCCUCAGCCCCUCGAGGAUGCUCGGAUAUCAGACUCCCACGCCACGGCGCCAGUCAACCUGCCGCGAGUCACCAUCACCUUCUGCACUCAAUGUAAAUGGAUGCUCCGCGCAGCAUACUUCGCUCAAGAGCUUCUAUCAACUUUCUCCACCGCGCUAGGCGAAGUAUCUCUCGUUCCUGGCACGGGCGGCGUGUUCACAGUGACGAUCCAGCAUGCCUCGAACGUGAACUUUACUACUCACACGAGCGUGCUGUGGGAUAGAAAAAUUAACGGAGGGUUUCCCGAGACGAAACAGCUCAAGGCGCUGGUGAGAGAUGUCAUUGAGCCGUCCAGGGACCUGGGGCAUAUCGAUCGAGCGCUUGCGAAGGGGCGGGUUGAUGGUGAGGAGAAAGACGGUCGAGGCCAGGGACAGGAGGAGCCAGGGGAGGCCGGGGAAAAGGGCCAGACGGGCCAGACGGGCGAGCGUCAGGCUGAUUCAGGGCCGUCUGGGCAAGGGAGUUGUGAAGAAUGUCAGUAGUAGUUAGUUGGUUCAAGAGGCCAGGUGUCAGUGAAGAAGUUAAUCUGGGUUGAUGAUCUGUGGAGUGUCAGCGAGGCUUACUCUUAUUUUAUGCUCUGUUAUUACUUGAUAUUUAUAUGUAAUGGGAACUUUUGAUUGAUGGAAACUGUAUACGACGAGGAUAUUGGCGGGUUAAAAAAGGGGGAACGGCAGAAUACAUUUAUUAUUGCCAGGGGCUGCCAAUGCAUGUACGUAUGGACUGAGGUCACGGAGUAUGUCUUUUGCGGAAUAAGAACGAUUCAACUAUGGUGGUGGUAUAAGUAAUAGAGUAUGUAUAUAUAGUAUAUGAAGGUGGGCGGAUCAGAUAACAAGAACAAGCGUAAGGCGUGAGUUAGGUAAAGCAAGCUGGGCGAUGGUAGAGAAAGUAUAAGGAGGUAAAGGUAUGCAAGGUAUGUAGACAGACAGAUAGAAAAAGAAAAAUAGGCAAAGACGAGACGGGAAGAUAAGAAAAAUAGCUGCCUGCGUCAAGCAGUAAGAAUAGACAGAGUAGGAGGAGGAGGGAAAGGGAGAAGAGGAAAGGAAUAUAUAUAGAUCUAACUCGCUUCGUAACUGGAAGAAGACAGAACAUAAGGAAAUGAGAGUCGGACGAGACAGGACAGGACCAUGAGCAUAGCCUUUGCAUACUGCAUAUCUUUGCAUUGCAAGUCAUGAAUGGAACGCCGGACGGAAAAGCAGGAAAGAAUAGAAAAAAAAAAAAAAGGUGAAGUCGGUGACAAACGGAAGUGAAUCAUGUAGACGGACAGCAGUGUAGACAGUGUAGUAGACAGGUGAGGUCAGUCGAAAUGUGAAGAGAAGAGGAAAUUUGAACAGUAACAGAACUCAACAUGUACGCCGAAACCCCCCAGAACCAACCGGGACCAGGAAAACCGUGUUUUUUUGAUAAAAGCAGAGAAGAGAAUAGAUAGAGAAAUGGGACGGAACGAAUGGCGGAAGAUGAGAAGAUGAAUGUACACGUAGUAAAAAGACGGAUCUCGUUCAAGGCAAGGGCCAGGUUAAUAAUGGUCAGAAGCGCUCAUCAUGCUUGAUGCCGAUGCCGUUGUUGACGGCGCCGAGUCAGACUGCGGCGGAGAAUGGGGGUGGCCGGGCCCCUGACCAUGGUGUUUCGACCGU